CCUCUCAGAGCUGCACAGUCUCAAAGCUAAGUUUACCACCAGCAAAGACACACGAGUCCCUUUCUGGCUCUAACCUUUACUGGUGUCUGUCUGACAAUCGCAUUGCUGCUUGAAAGCAACAUUCACAGUUUUACCUGAGGAUAUUUUUAUUUUUGAGGGAGAAAGGACUUAUAGCUCACCAUGCAGUCGUGUGCCAGGUGCGGGUUUGUGGUCUACCCAGCAGAAAAGAUCAACUGCAUUGACCAGAACUGGCACAAAGCGUGUUUUCAUUGCGAUGUCUGCAAAAUGGUUCUCACCCCUAAUAACUUUGUCAGUCACAAGAAGAGGCCAUAUUGCUCUGUGCACAAUCCAAGAAACAACACAUUCACAAGUGUUUAUGAAACUCCCAUCAACAUCAACGCAAAGAAGCAAAGCAAGGCGACCAGUGAGCUUAAGUAUCGCGAAGAUGGCGAUCGCUUUAUGUCCGGCUUCCACAGUCACACGAGAUCCAUGGAGCUGGAGAAGGCUCGCCUAGCCAGUCAGGUGGUCAGCCAGACUUUCCAGUCUCAGUCUGAAUUCUCACAGCAGCAACAGGCCUGGUAUUCAGGGAUGGUGACCAACCAGGAGAUAGUGACAAUGUCCCAGGCACAGAAAACCAUCAGUGAUGUAAAAUAUAAAGAAGAAUAUGAAGAAUCUAAAGGAAAAGGCAGCUUCCCUGCAAUGAUAACACCGGGUUACCAAGCUGUAAAAAAUGCCAAUUCUUUGGCCAGUAAUGUGGAAUAUAAAAAGGGACAUGAAGAAAGAGUCUCAAAGUACACAACAUUUGUUGAUCCUCCAGAGGUGCUGCUGGCAAAAAAACAGGCACAGAUUGUUAGCGAUUAUGCAUACACAGAAGAAUACGAGCAGCAGAGGGGAAAAGGUAGUUUCCCCGCGCAUCUUACUCCUGGGUACAAGGUUUCAAAGAGAGCAACUGAGCAGGCCAGUGAUAUUAAGUACCGACAGAUGUACGAGCAAGAGAUAAAGGGCAAGGCAAGCUCAGAGGCUGCAGCCGUUGAGUUGGUUCACGCAAGAGAAAAUGCAGAAAACUUCAGCCAGAUUGCCUACACUGAAGAUUAUGAGCAGCAACGAGGUAAAGGAAGUUUUCCUGCCAUGAUCACGCCUGGUUAUCAUCUUGCUAAGAAGGCUCAGGAAAUUGCUAGUGAUCUAAAAUACAAGAAGGACCUGAACAAGAUGAAGGGCACGUCCCACUUCCAUAGUCUGACCUCUGAGGACAAUCUGACAUUGAAGAAUGCGCGGAAAAUUAACAAGCUUGUCAGUGAGGUGGAGUACAAGAAAGACUUGGAGAACACCAAAGGCCACAGCAUUAACUUCUGUGAGACUCCACAGUUUCGAAAUUCUGCCAAAAUCGCUCAGUUCACCAGUGAUAACAAGUAUAAAGAAAAGUACACCAGUGAUCUGAAGGGCCACUAUGAAGACUCAGGGUUUGAUAAGAAGACUUUGCACGCCAUGAAAGCAAGGACGUUGGCAAGUGAUAUUUCUUAUAAACAAGGCCAGGAGCAGGAGCAGGGUGAAUAUAACUACCCAGCCACUCUCACACCAGGUUACCAAAGCCAGAGGAAGUUGGACCCACUGAAAGACAAAAACUACAAGCAGCAUAUUGAUCAGGUCAAGUACAAGUCUGUGACCGACACACCUGAGAUCAUUUUAGCCAAGAAAAACGCUCAGCUUGUCAGCAACUUAAAUUAUAAGGCAGGCUAUGAAAAGACAAAGCACCAGUACACUUUAUCUCAGGAUCUGCCCCAAAUCCAGCACGCCAAAGCCAGCGCAGCUUUGUGCAGUGAUAUUAAAUACAAAGAGGAGUGGGAAAAGACCAAGUCCAAAGCUUGUGAAACUGGUGUGGACGAUCUGAGCGUGAGAGCUGCCAAAGCUUCCAGAGAUCUAGCAAGUGACAUUAAAUACAAAGAGUGCUACAUAAAAAACAAAGAGAAGGCAGUUGGGGUGAAUAUGAGCGACUCCAAGACUCUGCACUCUCUGCAAGUGGCCAAGAUGAGCAGCAAUAUUGAGUACAAGAAAGGCUCCAAGGAGAGCCAGGCGCAGUACAGCCUUCCUCUGGACAUGAUCAACCUGAGCCACGCCAAGAAGGCUCAGGCCCUCGCCAGCGACCUGGACUAUCGAACCAAACUUCACGACUACACCAUCAUGUCCGACGACAUCAAGGUCCAGCAGGCCAAAAAGGCCUACUCCCUGCAGAGCGAGAACCAGUACCGUUCUGACCUGAACUGGAUGAAGGGCGUCGGCUGGGAGACUGAGGGAUGCCUCAAUAUAACUCAGGCCAAGAAAGCCGGAGAGCUGCUCAGUGAUGUCAAAUACCGUCAGAAGGCCGACAAAAUGAGGUUCACCCAGGUAGCGGAUGAUCUGUCCAUCAAACACGCCAAGAAGAGUCAAGAGCUGCAGAGCGAUCUGGCGUACAAAGCAAACACAGAACAGAUGAUUCACCAGUACACCAUGACAAAAGACGAGCCGCUGUUCCGACAAGCAAAAGCAAACGCCAACAUGCUCAGCGGGAAAGUGUACAAGAGCCAGUGGGAGAAGCAGAGGGAAAAGGGCUUUGAGCUUAAUUUGGACUCCCUGUCGAUACUUACAGCAAAGGCAAAGCGAGACCUGGCUAGCGAUGUGAAAUACAAGCAGGAGUACGAGAAAAGCAAAGGUAAAGUGAUCGGGAUUAAAUCUGUCAGUGACGACUCUCAGAUGGCUCACUCCGCUCUGGCCACCAAACUGCAGAGCGAGCUCCACUACAAGAAGGACUACGAGGACACUAAGACUAAAUACAAGGUGUCUCUGGAUAUGAUGAACAUCAGCCAUGCGAAGAAGGCUCAAGACCUGGCCACGGAUACGAAAUACAGGACGUUCCUCCAUGAGUACACCACUCUGCCGACGGACAUCAAUGUGGCCUGGGCGAAGAAGGCCUACGAUUUACAGAGCGAUAAACAGUACAGAUCGGACUUGAACUGGAUGAAAGGUGUCGGCUGGGAGGCCUCAAAAUCUCUGGACGUUCAGCAGGCGAAGAAAGCUUCAGAUCUGGCUAGUGAGAAAAAGUACCGUCAGGAUGUGAGCGCUCUGAAGUUCACCAGUGUUGAAGACACUCCAGAGAUGAAACAGGCCAAACUCAGCAACAAACUGGCUAUUGAUAGAUUGUACAGAGAGAAGGGAGAAAACAUAAAACACAAUUACACAGUGAGUGAAGAGCUGCCAGAGUUGGUGCAAGCAAGAAUCAAUGCCAGAAACAUCAGUGAGAGUCAAUACAAGGAAUCCUGGACGAAGCUACGCGACGGCGGCUACAAGCUGCGUCUGGACGCGAUUCCUUUCCAGUCCGCCAAAGCGUCUGCAGACAUCCUCAGUGAUGUAAAAUACAGAGAAGAAUUUGAGAAGGCCAAAGGGAAGAUGAUUGGACUGAAGGGGCUGCAGGACGAUUUGAACAUUGCGCAUUCGGUUCACGCCAGCAAGCUACAGAGUGAUAUUAAGUAUAAGAAGGAGUCAGCAAAUCAGCUCUCGAAAUUCCACCUGCCCAUGGAUAUGGUUGAGGUCGCUCAUGCUAAAAAGGCCCAGUCUCUGGUCAGCGACCACGACUACAGGCUGUGUCUGCAUCACUACACAUCGCUGCCCGACGACAUGAAGGUGCAGGCUGCCAAGAGAGCGUACGAACUGCAGAGUGAGAGAAUGUAUCGCUCUGACCUGAACUACCUGCGAGGCGCCGCCUGGAUCGCUACUGGAGCUCUGCAGAUUGAGGAGUCCAAGAGAGCCUCUGACCUCAUCAGUGAUAAAAAGUACCGACAGCAGCCGUACAAAUUCAGGCAUACUUCGGUUGCCGACUCCCCAGAUAUCAUCCACGCUAAACUCAGCGGACAAAUCACAAAUGAACGUCUGUACAAAGAAAAGGGCAUAAACGACCAGCACAGCUACACUAUCACAACUGAGCGACCUGAGAUCACACAAGCAAAGAUAAACGCCUCCAACUUCAGUGAGGUGAAGUACAGAGAGUCCUGGCAUACGCUGCGAGCUCAAGGCUACAAGCUCACCAUGCAGGACAUCCCCUUCCAGGCCGCUAAGAGCUCCACAGGCAUCGCCAGCGACUACCAAUAUAAGCACAACCACCUGCUGGAGAAGGGGAAACGCAUCGGAGUCAGGAGCGUCACAGAGGACCCCCACCUGCUGCACUGCCUGCAGGCCGGCCGGCUGGCCAGCGACCAGGAGUACCGCCGGGACGCCCUGUCCGCCAGCGGCCGGUACCACCUGACCCCAGACAUGAUCCACCUGGUGACGGCUAAAAACGCGCAGGCGCUGGCCAGCGAUCAGGACUACAGGACAAAGCUGCACGAAUACACGGUGCUUCCUGAUGACAUGAAGGUGAAAUGGGCCAAGAAGGCUUACAACCUGCAGAGUGAGAAACAAUACAAGUCGGACCUGAGUUUUAUGAAAGGAGUGGCCUGGGACGGAGUGGGAACGCCGCAGCUAGAGGCGGCUAAGAAGGCAGGAGAACUCAUAAGUGAUAAGAAAUACCGCCAGCUGCCGGACAGAAUCAAGUUCACAUCAGUGGCCGACUCUCCCGACAUCGUCCACGCCAAGACCAGCUACCAGCAGUGCAGCGAGAGACUUUACAAGUCUGGAAAGAACGACGAGAUGCAUAAAUUCACCUUACACCCAGACGACCCCGACUUCAUCAGAGCCAAGAUCAAUGCCCAGCAGAUCAGCGAUAAAGUUUACAAGGCCUCUGGAGAGCAGGUGAAGACGGCAGGCUACGACUUGAGGCUGGAUGCCAUCCCCUUCCAAACAGCCAAGGCCUCCAGAGACAUCGCCAGCGACUUCCAUUACAAGGAGUCCCACCUGAAGCAGAAGGGCCAGCAGGUGGGGCUGCGCUGCGUGGAGGACGACCCAAAGAUGGUCCACUCCCUGGCUGCCAGCAAGCUUCAGAGCAACCUGGAGUAUCAGCGCCAGUCCAAGGAGGAGCGCGCCCGCUGCAACAUCCGAGCGGACCAGCCCGAGUUCCUGCUGGCCAAGAAGAGUCAGGCCCAGGCCAGCGACGUCGCCUACCGCCGCAAACUCCACGACUACACCUGCGACCCCGAGCAGCUCACCGUCAAGCACGCCAAGCAGGCCUACAAGCUGCAGAGCGAUGUGAACUACAAGUCUGACCUGAAUUGGAUCAGAGGAGUAGGUUGGACCCCUCCGGGCUCCCAUAAGGCCGAGCUCGCCCGCCGGGCUGCAGAACUGGGCCUCGCUGAGGGAGUUACCACUGAUGAGGCGAUUUCAAAGUACCAGCAUAUGAUGAUGCUGCACCACCAGCAGCAGCAGCUGGAGCAGCAGCAGCAAGAGACCGCAGAGCAGCUGGAGACGAGCGAGGAGAUCCAGAAAGGCGUCAACAUGGACGCCACGGAGGUCCUUCACGUCACGAGGAAGAAGACGGUCCAGAAAAAGUCUUCCACUGUCACGACUUCAUUCAGAUCCAUGGAGAAGAAAUCAUCCUCGUCUUCCUCAGCAGCUGCCAUCCAGAGCACGGUGAAAACAAACGUCUCCAGUAAAGCUCUAGAAAAUGCAUAGAUUUCAUUCUAAGUGUUUGUAAGAUUAAUAACGUGGGAUUAUUUUUUAAAAAGGAGAUUAAGUACGUUGAAGCAGGGCUGGAUUUAUGUUUGCUACGGGAUUAAAGUACGUGUUAAACAAAAGGGAUUUAAAGUCAAAGUUUUUGCUUUAGUUAAGAUGGAAAAGAAAUAAUAUUGUAUGUUUAGUGAGCAACAGAUGUUGCACAAAAACACUGACAGAAGCUUAAGUUUGAUCAUGUAAGGGAAGAACAAACCUGAAAUAAACGUCACAUUUUUGUCUGGCAGGUUCAGCUUUGUGAGUUUGUAACGAUGUUUUCUGUAACUCAAAGCUGGGCUGAGAGUGAACGCUUGCUUUUAUUGAUGUCCCAAUAAAGGUUUUUCAUUGCAAA